AGAAGGCUUAGUCUGGGGAUGGAGAGAUUAGCUUGGCUGUACCAUAUUCUCCAGCAUAUACGCAUCUUCACUUUGGAUAGAUGAGCUUUGAAUGAUUUCCUCUUAGGGGAAGGACUUGACGCAGCCGAAUUGCAACUUUCUUCUGCUUUGGUUGUGGCAUUGAUGUUCUGAGGAGGAGCCAUGGAGGAGUCGGUCCACAUCUGGAGCUUCACAGCAGCUGCGCUUUGUUUUUCCCUUCUGAAUUUGGUCUGCGCUUUGGUGAGUCCCUUCCAGCUUGUCUUCCUUGAUCACAGCUCAUACUUCUUUUAAGGGAAGUCACAAAAUGGUAGAGGGCUUGCCUUGCAGGCAGGCAGGUGCCUCAUUUAAUCCCUGGCAUCCCUAGGUAGGGCUGGAGGAGAUUCCCUGUCUGUAACCCUGCCCGUCAGUGUUGACACCAUGGAGCUACAUGGAUGCCAUGAUCUGACACAAAGCCCUUCCAGGUGGGUGUUUUAUUGCAUUAGUAUCAUUAGUGCACCCGUUGCAGAUUUAUUCCACUUUAGUUUGUUUUGCGGCGCUUCCCCUAUGCUACCACAUGAUCACUGCCCGGAGGGGAUAUAGCACAACGAAAGUAGGACAACAACUGACCGGAAGUGAAGCAGUGUGACAACCCCAAAACUUUUGCAUAUGCCAACAGCAUUGAAAGAGGGACCACCCCGAGUGGUUAUGUAAGCUUUCAGAAUACUUUGUUGUUGUUUAGUCGUUUAGUCAUGUCCGACUCUUCAUGACCCCAUGGACCAGAGCACGCCAGGCACUCCUGUCUUCCACUGCCUCCCGCAGUUUGGUCAAACUCAUGCUGGUAGCUUCGCGAACACUAUCCAACCAUCUCGUCCUCUGCUGUCCCCUUCUCCUUGUGCCCUCCAUCUUUCCCAACAUCAGGGUCUUUUCCAGGGAGUCUUCUCUUCUCAUGAGGUGGCCAAAGUAUUGGAGCCUCAGCUUCAGGAUCUGUCCUUCCAGCGAGCACUCAGGGCUGAUUUCCUUCAGAAUGGAUAGGGUUGAUCUUCUUGCAGUCCAUGGGACUCUCAAGAGUCUCUUCCAGCACCAUAAUUCAAAAGCAUCAAUUCUUCGGCGAUCAGCCUUCUUUAUGGUCCAGCUCUCACUUCCAUACAUUACUACUGGGGAAACCAUAGCUUUAACUAUACGGACCUUUGUUGGCAAGGUGAUAUCUCUGCUUUUUAAGAUGCUGUCUAGGUUUGUCAUUACUUUUCUCCCAAGAAGCAGGCGUCUUUUAAUUUCGUGGCUGUCACCAUCUGCAGUGAUCAUGGAGCCCAAGAAAGUAAAAUCUCUCACUGCCUCCAUUUCUUCCCCUUCUAUUUGCCAGGAGGUGACAACCCCAAAACUUUUGCAUAUGCCAACAGCAUUGAAAGAGGGACCACCCGGAGUGCUUAUGUAAGCUUUCAGAAUACUUAGAAUUAGCCAAACUGACAGACAUAAUAAGACAAAAACCAAAAAGUGAAGUAAAAAAAAGAAUGGGAGUGCCUAAAUGAAUACCUUAAAAGUCAAGGUUCGAGGAAAGAAAUCUGGCUGAGUCUGGAAUAACCUUGUGAAGUGAAAGGAUAAGAAAGAGGGAUAUAUAUCUAGAUGUUAGGAUAGAGAUGAUCAGGAAAACAGGAAAACACAAUGAGAGAUAAAGGAGGUGCUGUGGGAUUGGUGGAAGUCAAUGUUUGUUUUUCUUUUUAGUGUUUAUAUUAUUAACUUGUAAGAUAUGGAUUAGGUUUUUUUGUUUUUUGAAUGUUGAUUUUUGUGUUUUGUGUAUUGUUAUGUUUCGAUAUUUUUUGUGUUGUUGUUGCGUGGAAAAUACUAAUAAAAUUUACAUUAUAAAAAAAAUAUCAGAAAGAAAGAAAGAAAGAAAGAAAGAAAGAAAGAAAGAGGGACCACCCCGGUGGCAUAAUCACAAAUAUACAGUACAUGAAUUCACGACAAAAAAGAACGUCUGAAGGGGGAGAGCCUCCUGUGUUCCUCCUCUCAUGGCCUUAUGGCAAACAUUUGGCCCAAUGGCUAGGAACUUUUGCUGCAACCCUCCCCUCCCAGCAACUGAAAUGUGGUGACUUCUGUUCCCCCAGACUCAGACAGUAAGAGUUAGUCAGCGAGGUCUUUUGGUGGGGCAAAAUGGUGUCACAUUAAGACCAGGUUCUAAUCAUUGCUCAGUCCUGCUGUCUCUCGGAAAUCAGAACGACUUACAAAUAUAUAUGCGAGAAAGGAAGUUGGAGGGGAACAGAGAUGCAGUGAGGCUGUGUGCUCACCAUUCAUUAAAGCAUAUGCCCUGAGAAUCUUGGGAACCCUAGUUUACCAUUAGGUAAAGGUAAAGGGACCCCUGACCAUUAGGUCCAGUCGUGGCCGACUCUGGGCUCAUCUCGCUUUAUUGGCUGAGGGAACCGGCGUACAGCUUCCGGGUCAUGUGGCCGGCAUGACUAACCCGCUUCUGGCGAACCAGAGCAGCACACAGAAACGCCGUUUACCUUCCCGCCAGAGUGGUACCUAUUUAUCUACUUGCACUUUGAGGUGCUUUCGAACUGCUAGGUUGGCAGGAGCAGGGACCAAGCAAUGGGAGCUCACUCUGUCGCGGGGAUUUGAACCACCAACCUUCUGAUCGACAAGCCCUAGGCUCUGUGGUUUAACCCACAGUGCCACCCGUGUCCCAGUUUACCAUCAGCAGAGCUAUAAUUCCCAGAACCUUUAACAAACUACACUUCCCAAUAUUCUUUUUUGGGUGUGUGUGGAAUGUGCUUUAAAUUCAUUGUGUGUAUUCAGGCUUCGUUAGGGUCCGGAUUUAUAUGAUGAUGUAUAUUACUUCUAACCAGUGCUUUUCCCCCCGGAGGGACGCAGGAGUACACAUACCCCUAAAAUUUUUGCAAAUCUUUGUACUUUUGUUCAUUUACUAUAUUUAUUUUCCCUAAUUUGAACUAUAAAAUGGUGGUUUCCUUAAGUCAAAAUGAGAGUACCCCUAAACAAUGUGUAUAUAUAUAUAUAUAUAUAUAUAUAUAUAUAUAUAUAUAUGGGAAAGCACUGGUUGUAACUGUUAAUUUAAUUUAAUUUAGAUGAUGGUGUACGUUACUUCUAAAUGUUGUAAGCUAUCCCUGUUGCAUUGGGGAGGUGGGCUCCUGCCUGUUUUGCUGAGUGCGGCCCUGGGCUUCUGCCCCAAACUUCCACCCUGAUGGCAACAGAGCGGGAAAGGUAUCAUCUGCAGGCUAUGCUGGCAGACUUGAACACAAAGCAAACUAUGUUUGGUUACAUCAGUUCCCAACCAAUUCCAUGUUUCUGGUCUGCAGAGCUGUUGCUUGCUAACUUUAGCACGGUGCUGUCAAAAGCUGAACGAGACAAAAGACGUCUUGUUCUUGGCUGAGUUAGGCUGCGGUGUGUGGCACUGCAGCCCAAAUCAGAGAAGACGAAUGACGGCUUGUUAACAGGGUGACGGGUGUAACAGGAUGGUGAAGGAAUCCUCAAGGUCUGCACAAAAAAUAUUUCAGAGGUUCAAAGGGGAUCUCUCUUUCAACCUUAUGAAGCAAUGCAGAACUCUCUCAUACGCCUUCUUCCAGCCCAGCUUUUCCGGGCAGCACAAUUAUACCUCUCUGUAACUGUUUUGUUGUUGUUUAGUCGUUUAGUCGUGUCCGACUCUUCAUGACCCCAUGGACCAGAGCACGCCAGGCACUUCUGUCUUCCACUGCCUCCCACAGUUUAGUCAAACUCAUGCUGGUAGCUUCGAGAACACUGUCCAACCAUCUCGUCCUCUGUCCUUCCCUUCUCCUUGUGCCCUCCAUCUUUCCCAACAUCAGGGUCUUUUCCAGGGAGUCUUCUCUUCUCAUGAGGUGGCCAAAGUAUUGGAGCCUCAGCUUCAGGAUCUGUCCUUCCAGUGAGCACUCAGGGCUGAUUUCCUUCAGAAUGGAUAGGUUUGAUCUUCUUGCAGUCCAUGGGACUCUCAAGAGUCUCCUCCAGCACCAUAAUUCAAAAGCAUCAAUUCUUCGGCGAUCAGCCUUCUUUAUGGUCCAGCUCUCACUUCCAUACAUCACUACUGGGAAAACCAUAGCUUUAACUAUACGGACCUUUGUCGGCAAGGUGACGUCUCUGCUUUUUAAGAUGCUGUCUAGGUUUGUCAUUGCUUUUCUCCCAAGAAGCAGGUGUCUUUUAAUUUCGUGGCUGCUGUUAGUUUUAACAAUUCUGCGUUGCUGCAUCAGAAACUCUCACAGCCAUUUCAACGACCGCUUCCCAAAUAACAAAACCAAACUCUAAGAUUACAAAUUCCCCAAAAUACCAUAUGUGUACUCUCCACACCUCCAGCUGAAGCCGGACUUUAGAGACGAAAAGUUGACAGCAAUCUCAAAAUGGGCUCUAGCUCAGACUUUGCAGAGCCUCGAAUGGGAAUGAACACCUGGACUGCACAUGUACCUUUGCUGCAAGACAGCCUUCCUCAACUUGGGGCCCAGCUGUGCUGACUGGGGUUGAUGGGAGUUGUGGUCUAAAACAUCUGGAUUGGUGGGGGGGGAAGGUUGACGAAAGUUGCUUAAUUCUGUGGAUGGGAGGAUGCUCUCAGUCAUUCUGGUAGAGCUGAGAAAUAAUGGGAAAUUUGUGGAAGAAAAAGAAGAAGAGUUUGGAUUUGAUAUCCCACCUUUCACUCCCCUUCAGGAGUCUCAAAGCGGCUAACAUUCUCCUUUCCCUUCCACCCCACAACAAACACUCUGUGAGGUGAGUGGGGCUGAGAGACUUCAAAGAAGUGUGACUGGCCCAAGGUCACCCAGCAGCUGCAUGUGGAGGAGCGGAGACGCAAACCCGGUUCCCCAGAUUAUGAGACUACCGCUCUUAACCACUACACCACACUGGCUCUAUACCAGUGCUGAUAUAGGUCCACAAAGACAAUGAUUUUGCCAUCCGAUGAUACGGUCUUGCAAGAUGGACACGAGACUUGAAGACGACGAGGACACCCCAGACACACAGUGAACUCUGAAAAGACCUGUUAGGAUGAAAAGACAAUUGUCAGUCAACAAGUUGUAGGCAACUUUCCACUGCUGUGACUCUCUUUUCUUUUUUUAAUUGUUAAUAUUUAACUUGCUUUUUUUGUAAAUACCUUAAAUAAAAUGCUACUUUUUUGAGAAAAAAAAAGACAAUUUAAUAUAAAUGAGAGCUCAAAGAGGAAGGUGUGACUUUAAAGAAGGCAGCUGUUUUAUCCCCACCUUGACAUCACACUUGUGUUUUUUGUCCCAGUGCGACAUUUUGAUCAAUUACAAGAUGUUGAAAAGGCCCAGCCUCUUAUUUUAUGACACAGAUUUUGAUCAGUUCAGAUGUGGAAAGCCCAGCAUAUAUUCAUUUAUGGGGUUUUUUAAUCGUUUUCUGAUUCUAAAGGUUUGGCUGUGUUGCCUUGAUUCCAUCUCCUCUUUUAACACCUGGGGCUAUAGCAGGUCCUUGUUGUUGCUGCUGCUGUCUCUCCCUGUGUUUGUAGCAGCUCUGGAAAUUUCAUUAUUGAUAAGGUCCUUAUCGGCCUUCUCAAAAUGUCCUGUGCAGAUGAGUGAUUUAAUUGUGGCAGUCACAUUUGGGCCUGCUUUCAUUGUCUCUAGCCGCCCACUUUUUAUGUGGCACGGCUUCUCCAUUUCCUGGCAAUAUUGCAAAGGAAAUGAACCGGUCCGUGGCAAAUAUGAAACAAUCUCAUAGCCCCUCGUCAUAGCUUUUAAUACAUCCAUGUAUCCCAGGAUGAUCCAUUAAGGGUUUGCCACUAAUGGUCCAGCUCUGCUUUGACAUUUCCUCUCGCUUCCCUCUCCCAUUGCAUACCUGUUUCUUCCAACACAUUUCUCCUUGUAUUUUCUUACUUUUUAAAAAGUUUAUUUGUUUAUAUUCUUCUAAGUUGAUGGGACACCUGGACUCCCAUCCUAAUUCUGGGCUGCAAGACAGUGAAUUUAGCAUGCUAAAAUGUUCAAGUCAUUAAAAAAAAAAAAAAGCCAGGAGGCUGGCUUCCUGAUGAAGUAAUCGCUUGAAGAGAUGGACCAUUAAGAGAGCAAAAAGGCAGGGCGAUGGCCCAUCCUGGAAGCCAUCAACAAGGAAAACACUCUCUGCCAGACCACAGAGGGGUAGCAACCCAGCCCUGGGCAAAAGACAAUACAGAAGGGAGGAGAGUCAGAAUCACAGUGGGCUGGCGUAAGCAAGAGGAGAAAUAGAUGCGUUAGGGGAAAGCAAUUUGCAAGCUGGAGAAAAAGCGGUCAUAGCUCAACAUGGGCUGAUAGUUUGAAUCUAACAUGGCAGCCAUGGGAGAGACGAGACCCUCCUGGAGUGCCCCCCCCAGUGCCCCCCUAGGCUCAGGUUGUAAAGGUAAAGGGACCCCUGACCAUUAGUUCUAGUCGCGGAUGACUCUGGGGUUGCGGCGCUCAUCUCGCUUUACUGGCUGAGAGAGCUAGCGUACAGCUUCCGGGUCAUGUGGCCAGCAUGACUAAGCCGCUUCUGGCGAACCAGAGCAGCGCACGGAACGCUGUUUACCUUCCCGCCGGAGCAGUACCUAUUUAUCUACUCGCACUUGACAUGCUUUCGAACUGCUAGGUUGGCAGGAGCUGGGACAGAGCAACAAGAGCUCACCCCGUCGUGGGGAUUCGAACUGCCGACCUUCUGAUUGACAAGUCUUAGGCUCUGUGGUUUAACCCACAGCGCCACCCGUUUCAGGUUGUAUAUAUGUGUAAAUGGGACGCGGGUGGUGCUGUGGUCUAAACCACUGAGCCCCUUUGGCUUGCAGAUCAGGUUGGUGGUUCAAAUCCGAAUACAUAAAAUAUUUACAUAUUUUAUCCUUCGAAAUGCGCCUUUCUCCAAAUUUUGCACACCCAAUAUAAAAACGCAUAUAUAGAUGGGAAUAACAUACAAAACCAUAUUACAUUUGUGGAAUUCCCUUGCAGAAAUGCAUAUAUUAGACCAAAUUGUGUACAAAAAUGCACAUUAUAUAUAUAUAUAUAUAUAUAUAUAUAUAUGGAUAAAUCUGCAUAAAAAUGAACAUGCAUUUUAAAAAAAAAGAUUGGAAAGGGGGCAAGCUGGAUUUAAGUUGCGUAAGAAUAGGAAACUAAAAGAAACCAAUAAUGUCGGAUUUGGUCAUCCCUAGCCCCAGCCAAGUCAGUGGGAGAGGCGUUGCUGCCACAUUCCUGUCUCUGAUGUUGCCUGGUGCUGGAGGAUCCAAACGGCAUGUGGUCCCAGGUGAGCCAAUGGACCUCCCAGCCUCAUCUCUCCCUUCUUCAUUUGUUUGGCAGGUGGACACCGAUGAUGUUCUAACCAAAGAAGAACAGAUUUACUUGCUGAACGAAGCUAAAGAAAAAUGUCACCAGCAGAUAAAUACCCAGAAGGAAACAGUCCAAGGUACCUGCUUUUUCUGCAUUUCUAACUUUUGGUGCUGGGGCCCCAAGUGCAUAAAAACAUUUUUAAAAAUGGUUGAGUCAUAUUAUUGACAUCGGACAUCAAAGGAAAGCAUGGCACUUGUUAAAUGUUGCCUCCUAAAGGAGGAAGAAAGUCAGACUGGAUCACUGGGGAUGCCUGUUUUUUUUGUUUUUUUUAAUUACUCCUUAUCAUACCAAUAACCUUAGCUUUGUUGUUGUUGUUUAGUCGUUUAGUCGUGUCCAACUCUUCGUGAACCCAUGGACCAGAGCACGCCAGGCACUCCUGUCUUCCACUGCCUCCCGCAGUUUGGUCAAACUCAUGCUGGUAGCUUCGAGAACACUGUCCAACCAUCUCGUCCUCUGUCGUCCCCUUCUCCUUGUGCCCUCCAUCUUUCCCAACAUCAGGGUCUUUUCCAGGGAGUCUUCUUCUCAUGAGGUGGCCAAAGUAUUGGAGCCUCAGCUUCAGGAUCUGUCCUUCCAGUGAGCACUCAGGGCUGAUUUUCUUAAGAAUAGAUAGGUUUGAUCUUCUUGCAGUCCAUGGGACUCUCAAGAGUCUCCUCCAGCACCAUAAUUCAAAAGCAUCAAUUCUUCAGCCUUCUUUAUGGUCCAGCCCUCACUUCCAUACAUCACUACCGGGAAAACCAUGGCUUUAACUAUACGGACCUUUGUUGGCAAGGUGAUGUCUCUGCUUUUUAAGAUGCUGUCUAGGUUUGCCAUCGCCUUUCUCCCAAGGAGCAGGCGUCUUUUAAUUUCGUGACUGCUGUCACCAUCUGCAGUGAUCAUGGAGCCCAAGAAAGUAAAAUCUCUCACUGCCUCCAUUUCUUCCCCUUCUAUUUGCCAGGAGGUGAUGGGCCCAGUGGCCAUGAUCUUCGUUUUUUUGAUGUUGAGCUUCAGACCAUUUUUGCGCUCUCCUCUUUCACCCUCCUCACUUUCUGCCAUCAAGGUUGUGUCAUCUGCAUAUCUGAGGUUGUUGAUAUUUCUUCCGGCGAUCUUAAUUCCGGCUUGGGAUUCAUCCAGCCCAGCCUUUCGCAUGAUGUAACCUUAGCUUACUAUGAUAUUAUGUCCAGACCCACAAACUGUGUGCCACAGUAAAUAAAUAAAAUGAGGUUUUAGGAUUUGGUUGCAAGAUGUGUGGGUCAGCAACCUUGCUGAAAUGAAGCAGAUCUAGGUGUGGAUUGGAGACAUCUUGUGAAUCUCACGUGCACCACUUUGUAUUUCAUAAUGAAACAUAUUGGCCUGUCUAGUUUAUUAUUGUCCACACUGGCUGGCCUCAGACACAGAGCUUCAUAAAGAGUCUUUCUCAGCCUAGACUGGAGAAACCGAGGAUUGAUACAUGGAUCCUGCUGCCUGCAAAGGCCCUUCUCCUAAGCUGCCGUCCUUCCUAAACUCUGGAAGAAAGGUGGAGAAGAAACACAACAUAAUAAAUAAAAUAAUGUAAAAGCUGUUGUCAACCCAAAUGACCUCUUAGCAGAAUAGAAAAUUACCCAUCGCAUCUUCAAGCGAGUCACUGGGUGGCUGGUCUUUGCUUCCUUCCAAUCAGCCUUCUAUUGACAGCAGAAACGCUGUUUGAGUUGACCUGUGUCCCCUUCAAAAGUGUGGCACUCAGAGUCUGAUCACAGGGCCGGCCCUAUCAUUGGGGAGAGUGAGAUGACUGGUUUUGGGUGCCGGGAAAGGGCAGCAAUAGUUAGCUGAUUUGGUGUGUCAUGAAAGAGGAGCGGUGGUUAUUUAUUUAACUUAUUAUUGCUUUAUCUAUUCACAUUUGUCAGAGUUGAAAAUCUCUGUUCGCUAACUGGAGAUGUAAUGAGACUGAGGGUAUGUUCUAUCAUAUGUAGUAGACCUGUAAAAGUGCAAAAGAGUAUUGGGAAAUACUUUAUAAUAAACUGAAAAAAAAUGUUUAAAAAUACUUCCCCCCCAAAAAAACCAGAGUCCUUUUUGUUGGGGAGAACGCAAGCGGAAAUUCCCAGAUGUCAAAAAGGCUAUUUAUGUAUGCCACCACUGCAGCCCGUGUUUUGUUAGCCCAAAAAUGGAAAAUGAGAGGCAACUUAAACUGAUGGAAUAUGCGCAGCUUGCGGACCUAACAUAUAUAGAUAAGAGAACAAGAAGAACAUACAUUUAAAGAAGAUUGGAAAAUGUUUAUUGAAUAUGUGGAGGAAAAUUGUGUAUAUCUGAAAACAUGGGCACCGUUAAGAAAAAUUCAACAGUGUAAAUAAGUUUUGAUGGAUGUUAUAAUGGAAUACUGAUUGGUUUAGUUUAUCUAAAAUAUGCAGGGAUUUAUGUUGUGCAAAAUGAACCGUGGAAAGAGAGGAAGGGAAGUCACUGAUAUUUUAAGAUUGUUUAAGUGAAUAUUCUAAAAUGUAAAACAGAAAUUUAAUAGAAAUAAUAAUAAUAAAAAGAAAAUCCCUGUUCACAACAAUUUGUUGUGGAGAGCUGUAGAAGAAUAGCCAAUGCUCUUGAAUAUCUAUCCAUCUUCUGCAAAUAAAUAAAUAAAUAAAUAUUUAGAUACUAUGCUAUACUACACUGAAAUGUUUACGUGCUUCUUUGAUUUUGCUUGAGUCUUCCUGCUACGCUUGCCAUCCUCUCCUGCCACACCCUUUGAGAUCCACUGACUUAACCCAAGGAUGAAGGUUGCUCUCCUCUGCCCCCCUCAACGCUAUCAUGCAAAGUUGUGAUUAAUGUGCCAUUUCCUCGUUAGAUGGCAACUGUUUGCCUGAGUGGGAUGGGAUUAUUUGCUGGCCCGAAAGCCUCCCCAGCAAAAAGGUGGCCGUCCGAUGCCCUGACUACGUCUAUGACUUCAACCAUCAAGGUAUGUACGUUUUCUCGGCCUUCACAGAAAGCUUCAGGUCUUUUGGUUGUUUAGGGCUGAAGCAGAUGCUAAAAUGCCUCUUUGCCAUUUAACAUGCUGGUUGUUGUUGUUGUGUGUGUGUGUGUUUAAAUAUUUUUUAUUAAACAAUUCCAACAUAACAAAUUGUCAAUCCAUAUAAUCACAUACAUUAUUCCCCCCCCCCUUUUCCCCACUCCCCUUUAAUCUUCCCCCCAGGACUUCCCUCAGCUCCUCUCUCUGAUUUCUUAAGGAAAUUGUCUAAAAAAUCUCUAAAAAGACAACAAAAUGAACUGGUCUCCUUGGCAGGUUUUGAAUAAACAUGCACAAAUUUAUUGGUUGAUUACAUGAUAGAUAAGGCAAGGGUAUGUAUAAUUUUAUAACAUGCAGAGAAUAAUGUGUGUGUGUGUGUGUGUGUGUGUGUUUAAUGCAAACAGAACCAGAUUUUUGGCAGGGAGGAUGUCUCUUAAUGACUGUGAUUGCAGGAAGGGUGGAGGAGCAUUUAAUACUGAGGAAAAUCCCUGAGGAAAAUCCCUCCUCAAGAAGGUGUUGUUUGCUUUUGGAGAAAAUCUUCUCGCCCUCCUCCCAUCGGGUGCCAGUGAAGGAUUCUGCUCCCAGCAAAUACCAUCUUUCCUCAGGACCUCAGCAGGGGAACAAAAGGUUAUAUUCCCCCUCCCCGCCUGCUGCAAUCUUGAUAAUAAUCAGCCCAUCUCCAGCUGAUGUUAUUUGCAUUAUUUAAAAACAACACAUCCGGUCAAGUUUGGCCCAUAGCAGCAGGAGGCUGGUAAACAGGCCAGAUCCUUCUUAAGAACCAUUAGGAAAUAAUAACAAUUUAACUGGUUUUAGGAGAUGAUGUUUUGGAGUGUGUGGAGGUUCGUCUUGCUUGUUGAGAAGUCAGGGUGACCGUUCCUUCUUUUUUAAAAAAAGGAGAUACCUUGCAAGAAAGUCAUUGCUUGGAGGCCUUCCACUCUGUCUUCCAUGAACAUGGUUUUGACAGUGGGUCCGUAAGUGACCGUGGAGGCCAAUUCUGGAUCCACACGUCCUUCCUCAGUGGGGACAUAGGUUUUCAUGCGGGAGUUGAUCGCGGUGAGGGUUUGCCAAGCGUGCCUUCCUCUUUGCACGUUUCUCCCUUGCGUCCUGAGUUUAAGCGUCUUCAAAGCCCACGACACCUUUGGUAAAGGCUGUUCUCCAACUGGAGCGCUUGCAGGCCAGUGUUUCCCAAUUGCCGGUGUUUAUACAGUGGUACCUCGGAUUAAGUACUUAAUUCGUUCCGGAGGUCCGUUCUUAACCUGAAAUUGUUCUUAACCUGAAGCACCACUUUAACUAAUGGGGUUUCCUGCUGCGCCGCCGGAGCACAAUUUCUGUUCUCAUCCUGAAGCAAAGUUCUUAACCCGAGGUAAUAUUUCUGGGUUAGCGGAGUCUGUAACCUGAAGCGUAUGUAACCCGAGGUACCACUGUACUACAUUUUUAAAGAUUUGCCUUGAGAGAGUCUUUAAACCUCUUUUUGCUGAUCACCAGCAUUACGCUUUCCAUUUUUAAGUUCGGAAUAGAGCAGUACACUCUACACUUGCUCAGAAGCAGUUUUUUGUUUUGUUUAAUUUAUAAUAAUUUCUAAACCACAUAAUCAUAGAAUUGUAGAAUUGGAAGGGACCCCGAGGGUCAUCUAGUUCAAAUCCCUGCAAUGCAAAUACAGUGGUACCUCGGGUUAAGUACUUAAUUCGUUCUGGAGGUCCGUUCUUAACCUGAAACUGUUCUUAACCUGAAGCACCACUUUAGCUAAUGGGGCCUCCUGCUGCUGCCGCGCCGCUGGAGCACAAUUUCUGUUCUCAUCCCGAAGCAAAGUUCUUAACCCGAGGUAAUAUUUCUGGGUUAGCAGAGUCUGUAACCUGAAGCGUAUGUAACCCGAGGUACCACUGUAAACAAAAGCCCCUAGGCGGUUUAUUUCCUCUGGGGCCUCUGGCCUUUUAAAAAAUGUGCAACUGUUCAGCCUUGCUGGCAUCUUCCCCUUCACACGUUCCGCUCCAUCUCAUUGGACGCUCUGCCUGUCCUUUAUUUCAGGUCAUGCCUACAGGCGCUGUGAUGUUUACGGGAACUGGGAACUGGUGCCCAACAUGAACAAGACUUGGGCCAAUUACACAGAAUGCGCCAUAUUCUUUGCCCCGGAACGGCAGAAUCAAGAAAAGGUUUAAUUCCUAAGCAGGGGGGAAAGGGUAUCGGGAGGACACAGAGGCUUGUGGAAUUGGGUACCACAGGCAGGAUUUGAAGGACAGGGAAGGGAAGGGAGGAAUCUAUUGAGAUUGGAAUUUCUCAUAAAAAUUGUGCCAUAAAGCAGGGGUGAUGAAUCUGUGGCCUGGCAGGUGUUGAACUCCCAUUAUUCCUGACCAGUAGCUACGCUGGUUGGCAAUGAUGGGAGUUGAGGUCCAACAACACUGAUUUCAGAACUAGAUGGGAUCCUUUCCGGCUCUGUUGUUGUUUAGUCGUUUAGUCGUGUCCGACUCUUCGUAACCCCAUGGACCAGAGCACGCCAGGCACUCUUGUCUUCCACUGCCUCCCGCAGUUUGGUCAAACUCAUGCUGGUAGCUUCGAGAACACUGUCCAACCAUCUCGUUCUCUGUCGUCCCCUUCUCCUUGUGCCCUCCAUCUUUCCCACCAUCAGGGUCUUUUCCAGGGAGCCUUCUCUUCUCAUGAGGGGGCCAAAGUAUUGGAGUCUCAGCUUCAGGAUCUGUCCUUCCUGUGAGCACUCAGGGCUGAUUUCCUUCAGAAUGGAGAGGUUUGCUCUUCUUGCAGUCCAUGGGACUCUCAAGAGUCUCCUCCAGCACCAUAAUUCAAAAGCUCUACAGCUCUGUAAUUUUAACAUCCGGACAGCCACAGGUUCUCCAUCCUUUCCGUAAAGGCUGACAAGGGAUGAGCAUAUGGAAAUCAAAUUGCAGAAGGAAAUGAGGAUAUUUGGCCGGGGGGGGGGGGGCGGAACGGACUGAGGGAAGAUAAUCUGAUCAUUUCCAAAGAUUUAAAAAUAACCUCCCCAAAGGUGGUAGGGGUGGGAUGCAAUUGCUCACCCCAUUUCCUAUAUUAUCUGAUAAUUACACAUCUGAAAUGUUAUAAUUAUCUACCGCAAGCAGAGAAGUAGCGUGUGUACUUUGAAAUAUCAAUCAACAAAGCAAAUCAGUGUUGCUCACCAUAAUUGUAGUCAACGUAAUGAAACAAAUAUUGGAGAAAAAGAGAGACAGAGUGGCCAGACUGUUGUUUGGUUCCUAAGCCAUUAAAGCAGGUGUCAACAAACUUUUUCAGCAGGGGGUCGGUCCACUGUCCCUCAGACCUUGUGGGGGGCCGGACUAUUUUUUUGGGGGGGGAAAUGAACGAAUUCCUAUGCCCCACAAAUAACCCAGAGAUGCAUUUUAAAUAAAAGCACACAUUCUACUAAUGUAAAAACACUAGGCAGGCCCCACAAAUAACCCAGAAAUGCAUUUUAAAUAAAAGGACACAUUCUACUCAUGUAAAAACACGCUGAUUCCCGGAUCGUCUGCGGGUCGGAUUGAGAAGGCGAUUGGGCCGCGUCUGGCCCCCGGGCCUUAGUUUGCCUACCCAUGCAUUAAAGGUUCAGGCUAGCACUUUGAAACUUACUGGGAGCCAGCGAAGCUGUCGCCCCUUGCCCAGUCCCUCUUUGCAAUCUGGCCACAAAGCCAGGGGCGAGUUGCAGUUUUUGAACUGUCUUCAACGGCAGCCCCAUGCAAAUUUGCCACUGCUUUAAGAGCAUACCUUCAACAAGGUACCAGCAACUGGGGAACAUAAUUAGGUGGCAGAACUGUCUUCUUCAGAAAGUUGCACAAGAAAACUCCAACAGCUGGAGGAUAUUCUAUUUUGGAAAAGGGAAAGUGCUUUAGAUGGGGGUUCUUGACGUGGCGGAGCAAGUUGUGACAAUGGCUGUGCAGUCCUUCUGUGCUGGAAUGCCUCUCUUUUCCUCACGCAGGAAGUGUUUGACAGGCUGCGCAUCAUCUACACCGUUGGCUACUCCAUCUCCCUUGCCUCCCUUGUGGUCGCCAUGUGCAUCCUUUGCUACUUCAAGUAAGGAGGGCAGUUCUUAUUGAUUCAAUGCCCCAUCCCACCCCCUGAACUCUAACCCAUGACCUUAUUCUACAGUGGUACCUCGGGUUAAGAACUUAAUUCGUUCCGGAGGUCCGUUUUUAACCUGAAACUGUUCUUAACCUGAGCUGCCACUUUAGCUAAUGGGGCCUCCCACUGCUACUGCCACCGCAGUGCGAUUUCUGUUCUAAUCCUGAAGCAAAGUUCUUAACCCGAGGUACUAUUUCUGGGUUAGCAGAGUCUGUAACCUGAAGCAUCUGUAACCUGAGGUACCACUGUACUAAUCAUGGCCAGCAAAACUAAGAGAAAAACUAUCUUGGUUUGGUUUCCUAUGUGUGGUGGGGUAGACUUGGCUUGGGGCGGGGCCUGACAGGCUCCAUAAAGGACUGCUGCUGGGCUGAGAGGGCUCCGUUUUUGUUUCUUAAAUUGCUUUUAUUUUUUAUCUAUGUAAUUUUAAAUUGUGAUUGAUAUUGUAUUCUUAGUUUCAGAUUUUAUGAUUUAUGUGGAAAUUGUUUUCCAUUUGGUUGUGUACUUUCUGAUGAGCUUUAUUUAUUGCUUAUGACUUUUGUUAUGUUGGUAAUUAUGUAAAUCAUGUCAUGCUGUAAGCUGCCUUGAGCAUUGUUUUAACUAUGGAAAGGCGGCGUACAAAUAAAAUGAUAAUGAUGAUGAAUUUGCUUACAGAACCUCAGGUAAGUACAGGUGGUGGCAAGAUAGUUCUGUUCUCCCAAGGCAAAUAAUAAUAAUAAUAAUAAUAAUAAUAAUAAUAAUAAUAGCUUUUUCUGGGGGGAAGCAGGGGUAUGCAUACCCCUAAACAUUUUGUGAAUCUUUGUACUUUUGUACAUGUGCUGUAUUUAUUUCCCCCGGUUUGAACUAUAAAAUGGUCAUUUUCUUGAGUCAAAAUGAGAGUACCCCUAAAUAUUUUUUUUUAAAAUAACAACACUUAUCAUCAUUAUCAUUCUUAAUUUAUAUACCACCCUUCAUCAUAAGAUCUCAGGGUGGUCACAGAAUAAAAUAGAAGAUAAAAACACAAGUAAAAACAGCAAAACAAUAACCCUCCCUUCCCACAGUUACAUUUAAAAGCCUGUAGAAUAUUAAUCCGCCAAAGGCCUGAUUGAAGAGGAAUGUUUUUGCCUGGCGCCUUCUCAAUAGAAGGUUGCUGUUGUUGUUUAGUCGUUUAGUCGUGUCCGACUCUUCGUGACCUCAUGAACCAGAGCACACCAGGCACUCCUGUCUUCCACUGCCUCCCGCAGUUUAGUCAAACUCAUGCUGGUAGCUUUGAGAACACUGUCCAACCAUCUCAUCCUCUGUCCUCCCCUUCUCCUUGUGCCCUCCAUCUUUCCCAACAUCAGGGUCUUUUCCAGGGAGUCUUCUCUUCUCAUGAGGUGGCCAAAGUACUGGAGCCUCAGCUUCACGAUCUGUCCUUCCAGUGAGCACUCAGGGCUGAUUUCCUUCAGAAUGGAUAGGUUUGAUCUUCUUGCAGUCCAUGGGACUCUCAAGAGUCUCCUCCAGCACCACAAUAGAAGGUGGAAUCAUGUAAUAAUAAGGAGCACAGCUGCUCAUUAUUUUGGUUAUCUCAUACUAUUUUCUCCCGGCAGUGUCGUUUGGUGUUUAGAGUUCCAGACUAAGAAUGGGGAGAGACCCAGGUUCAAAACCCUUCUCAGCCAUAGAUUGGGGUGUGUGAUGGGGGCCAAUCACACCCUCUUUCUCAGCCUAGCCUACUUCACAGUCAUUGCUGGGAUAAAAGGAUGGUGUGGAAAAUACGCAUGGUACCUUGGAAGAGUGGGCAGGAUUAAGACAUAACAUAUAAAUAAAUUGAAACCCUCCGCUUAUUAAUGUGUCUUUAAGGCGGCUUCACUGCACCCGAAAUUACAUCCACCUCCAUCUCUUUGCCUCCUUCGUCUGCCGAGCUGUGAGCAUCUUUGUGAAGGAUCUCGUGCUGUACUCGACCUUGCGACUUGAGGGGCUGCAAAAAACACAGGACAGUGACUGGGAUGCUGAAGAUCUGAGCCUUGCCUUGGGAUCCAGGACCCAGCUAGUAAGUCCCUAGUGUUUAGGUUUUGUUUCCCUCUUCUCGGUGUCUAUUAAGAAGUGCGAUGUGUGCCUUGGCUUAAAAUCUUCCUGGAAGUUUUAGGGAACAAGGAUACAGAUUUCAGAACAGUCAGCUCAAGAUGGUUUCCACACACACACACACACACACACACACACACACACACAUAUAUAUAUAUAUAUAUCCUGCCAACCUAGCAGUUUGAAAGCACAGCAAAGUGCAAGUAGAUAAAUAGGUACCACUCCGGCGGGAAGGUAAACGGCGUUUCCAUGCGCUGCUCUGGUUCGCCAGAAGUGGCUUAGUCAUGCUGGCCACAUGACCCGGAAGCUGUACGUCGGCUCCCUCGGCCAAUAAAGCGAGAUGAGCGCCGCAACCCCAGAGUCGGCCACGACUGGACCUAAUGGUCAGGGGUCCCUUUACCUUUAUAUAUAUAUAUAUUUUUCUUAUACAAUGUUUUGGACUUCCAUCAACCACAGCUGGAGAUUUUUCAAUCUUUAUCACUUUAUCUACAUUUCAUUAAUUUCCUUAUUACUUUUAAUAAUCCUUAACCAAUAAUUCUCUUCUCAAAUCUUCUCUGCAAUAUUUCACAUAAUCCUCUUUGCAAAACUUCUUGCAAUCCUACUAGCGUAAUCUGUUUAUUACAAUUGAUUUUCAAAUAGUUCAAAUAUUUACUCCAGUCCUCUGAGAAUCUCUGGUCCUGCAGGUUUCAAAUCCUUCCUGUCAUCUUAUCUAAUGGUUUCCUAAUCAAAAAUAAUAAUUAAAAAACCCAGCAUUUUAAAUUAAUCAGCAUUCCAGUUCUGAAAGAAAGAAAAAGUGAGAUGGUGAUCUCUUGGACUUGAAUGCUGUUAAUCUGCCUGUUCCUCCUAUUAACCUCUAGUUAAGCAGCAGGAACAACAACUAUUAACCAAAAAACCUUGCAAAAUAUUUGAGUGUAACCAGUGGGGGUUGUCCAAAACUUGGUCCUAAGAAGAAAAAAGAUAUGAUACCUUUUUAUCAAUGGAUUGACAAUAUGACAAACAUUCACAACUUAUGAACGGACUGCUUACAGGCGCAGACUUUGCUUGGAUAACUACGAUAACAUUUGGAAUGAGUUUCUACAGAAUGCUGCAGGCUAUUAACUACAUAAGUAUUAGGAUAAUAACACUGUAUUGAUUUAUAUAAGAAUGUACGGAAGUAUCUUAGAUUGCAUUUUUAUAUAUGGGUUUUCCUUUCUUAUAAUCACCUUCGGUUUUUUAUUCAUUUUUUCUUCCGUUUUUUCUGUAUCGCUUUAUUUCUUUACAAUUGAAAUUAUUUCAGUAAAAUACACCAAAGAAACACAAAAUACUUUUUAUUGGUCCUAACAACUACCACCACCAAAAAGGAUGUUUGCUUCUCCGUUCUUUCAGGCAGGCUGCAAGGUAGCUGUGACCAUCUUCCUCUAUUUCUUGGCUACAAAUCACUACUGGAUCUUGGUGGAAGGUCUCUAUCUCCACAGCUUGAUCUUCAUGGCUUUCCUCUCAAACAAAAGCUACUUGUGGGCUCUUACACUCAUCGGGUGGGGUAAGCACAGUCCAGUUCAGUCUCUCAGCUCCUGCUCUGACUAUGAACCUACACAGGGAAGCUCAAACAGGGCAAGUGAAGGUCACAAGAGGUUGCCCCUGUAUUCCCCAGAGUGGCUGGGGAAACCCAGCCAGAUGGGCAGGGUAUAAAUAAUAAAUUAUUAUUAUUUGAAAGGUCUCUCUCACCUCCUGUAACCACAGCUCUCUUUGACGAUGCGUUUCCCUUCCUACCACCCAUCAUGUGGCACAGAGGACGCGGGUGGCGCUGUGGUCUAAACCACUGAGCCUCUUGGGCUUGCCGAUCAGAAGUUCGGCAGUUCAAAUCCCUGUGACAGAGUGAGCUCCUGUUGCUCUGUCCCUGCUCCUGCAAACCUAGCAGUUUGAAAGCAUGCCAGUGCAAGUAGAUAAAUAGGUACUGCUGAGGCGGGAAGGUAAACGGCGUUUCUGUGUGCUCUGGUUUCUGUCACGAUCUCCCGUUGUGCCAGAAGCGGUUUAGUCAUGCGGGCCACGUGACCCGGAAAGCUGUCUGUGGACAAACGCCGGCUCCCUCGGCUGGAAAGUGAGAUGAGCGCUGCAACCCCAUUGUCGCCUUUGACUGGACUUAACAGUCCAGGGGUCCUUUAGCACAGAGGGUGAGGUACGGUGGCCCAAUGGAUAGGCCCCCUGCACCAUUCAUAGUUGUGUAGAAGUGGGAACUUGUAUGGCACAUACAAAGUCAGUGAAUACUAGAGUAGCAAGCAUGGAGCCCUCCUGAUGUUGUUGAACUCCAGUUCCCAUCAGCCUUGCCAGCCAGCAAGGGCAUUGGUCAGGGAUGACAUCACAAGACUGGUUUGAUGCAAAGGAACGGUGGGAGGAUCUAGCUGGGGAAGAAGGGAAGAAGGUUCAGAGCCACGGGAGUGGUGGUGGGACAAUGAUGGGUAGUCACAGGGAGAAUACUGGGAAGAGGAGGUGUCGGAAGCUGAAGAGGUCACAGGGUUUAGUGAGCGGGGAGAAUCUGUGGCAGAGAGAAGUUCAGACUCAGAGGCAGAAGCUGAAGCAGUAGAGGAGGGAGGCCAAGAAAUGGAGAUGGGUCUAUCUGGUGAAGAGGCAGGGGUGUCCUCCCCUCCUGCUGCAACAAGCUCCUCUCUCCCUCAGUCUCUCAGACCCAGGAGAAGCAUGAAGAGGGGGGAGGAGAAGUUAGCUUCAGCAGGCACAGUCUCAGAUUGCUGGGGGGAAACCCUGGAGAGGAGGGGAUUUGGGCAGCUGUGGGGAGUCUCAGCAACUGCUUCAUGGGGGCAAGACCUGCCAGAGAGGAGUUGCUGCGCUCAUUGGGCCUGAUACUCCUGUUUUUGCUCAUGAAGAGUUAACUCCAACUUGCUCAGUGUGAUUUACUGCUGGCUGGCUCCUGUCUUGACGAUGGGAGUUGUGGUCCAACAACAUCAGCAAGGUACUAUGUAGCCGCCUCCUGGUGUAUACUAUUGGCCUCACAUUUUCUCCUACUGUCCUUUUAAGAGCUCACUGGAAACCCAGAUCUCUUUCUGCUUGCUUUUCUUUUUCUUUUUCCUUCGAGGGGUACCUGCUGUCAUUGUGUCUGUUUGGGCCAGCGUCAGAGCAUCCCUGGCUGAUACACAGUAUGUACUUUCUGCUUCUCUUAAAACACUAUUCAGGGAUAUUGGGCAGGAUGUGUUAGUGAGGAGAGGGUAAAUUAAUUGCUUUAGCCACUACCGUAUAGGAACAGAUUUUUAGAUCUAAUUUGCUUUUUUGUAUCCCAAAUGUUAUGUGUGGACCUGAUAUAGAGAGCUGCUUUCCCCCCUGCAUUAAAGAAUAUAAUCUUCACAACCCCCCCCCCAAAAAAAACAACCCCACCCCUAUACCUAGUCCAUCUUUUAUACAGGUACUAGCAAAAUACGUGCUAUAGUUCAUAGAUGGCCGAGUUUUGCAACAACAAAACAAAUUGUAGUAACACAAACCUCAUGUCCAACUUAGGAAUGCCGUAGUCUAGUGUAUGUAAUUCAGGCCGGUGGUUUUACAGGAGUAAUGCCUGGAUCUGAACCUCUCUAGUUUGAAUCUUACUUCUGUCACGGGUUCAUUAGGUGCUAUUUGGUAAGCCACUCUCUUGGCCUCAAAUAUCAAAACUGACAUAUUGGGACAAGCAUACUUGGACCUCCCUUGCAGGGUUGGUGAUAACGAUCACAGUAUUUACCUGUUUAAAAUGUCCUGUAAAUGAUUUGAAUUUCUUAAGGCUGAAAGAAGCCAAAAUGUCCUGAAGCUCAGAAACUCAAAAGCUGACCGAUUCCUAUUCUCUUCAGUAGCAUAAGCUAUAGGGACGCGGGUGGCUCUGUGGGUUAAACCACAGAGCCUAGGACUUGCCGAUCAGAAGGUCGGCGGUUCGAAUCCCCGCGAUGGGGUGAGCUCCCGUUGCUUGGUCCCUGCUCCUGCCAACCUAGCAGUUCAAAAGCACGUCAAAGUGCAAGUAGAUCAAUAGGUACUGCUACUGCAGGAAGGUAAAUGGCGUUUCCGUGUGCUGCUCUGGUUCGCCAGAAGCGGCUUAGUCAUGCUGGCCACAUGACCCGGAAGCUGCUCCCUUGGCCAAUAAAGCGAGAUGAGCGCCACAACCGCAGAGUCUGCCACGACUGGACCUAAUGGUCAGGGGUCCCUUUACCUUUACCUAGCAUAAGCUAUGUGCUAUGCCAUGUUUUUAAUGCUGUGGACAACCCCGGGACCUUAGCGUGAAGGACAGGUAAUGAAAAAAUGAAUAAUAAUCACGCAAAAAGGACUUGAGGCUCAAAGGUGUCAGGCGAGAGACCCAAUAUGGAUAUACCCCUUUGGUGCUUAACUUCAGCCUCUCCUCAUCAGGUGCUGGGACCUCAGCGCUGGAAACAUGAAAUGGAUCUACCAAGUUCCUAUCUUGGCAGCAGUUGUGGUAAGAUAAGAAGGGCACAAAGAGAGUACGAGACCACCAGCUUGCUGAAGCUAAGCAGGCCUGUGGGACUGAUCAGCAGCUGGAUGGGCGACCACCUGGGAACCACGUUUCCUGCCAUGGGCUCUGUGAUGGAAGGAUUUGGAAAAUGAAUUUUAAAAAUGCAAAUUAGGGUGGGCUGGGAAGCAGGCAGUCAAGGUGUCCUUUGGGCCUGUUGCCGAACCACUUUGUAACUAAUGAAAAUCAGUUGAAAAUAAAAAAAAUGAAAAUGUCUUCUUCCAUAUAAAUCCUGCACUUGAGUUUUAAGAUCAGCCCACGUGGUCUUGCAAAGGGUAGCAUCUUUUGUGGAUGGUAGUUUAGCACCCAUUAGAUGCAGAGUAUUUGUAGCUGCUGCCUUUGUGUUAUGGAAUGCCUGCCCCCAGAAACAUCACUUCGUCCCUCCUCUUUUCAAAGGCGGGGGACGAUGACCCCAUUCUUAUUAUACUGGCAUUCUGCAAAUUGUGCCCUCAAUAGCACAGGCAGUGGUUCAGAAGCUGCAGAUGCGUUUGAGUUGGUUUUGUUUGGUUUGUUUAUUACUGAUUGUAUUGGUUGUUAUUUGGUUUUUUAAUGAUUGCUGAUCAUCGCCACGUGAUUUUUUUGAGUUGUGUUCAAUUAACUUUUAUCCCGAGUUAGACCCAUUAGAAUUAAUGACCACGAGUCACUUAGGCCCAUUAAUUUCAACAGGUCUACUCUGAGUAAAAAUAGUUUGGCUACAACCCAUAUGGGCCAACAGCAGAAAUGCAUUCUCUAUAACACAGCAAAUAAAAGGGAAUUGAUGAAUGGCAUUUCACUGGCAUGGAAAAUGCCUGGCGCGACACGAAGUGUCUUUUUAUUGCUGGCAGGUGAACUUUUUCCUCUUCCUCAACAUUGUGAGAGUUCUUGCAUCGAAGUUGUGGGAGACAAAUACAGGGAAAUUAGAUCCCCGCCAACAGUACAGGUAUGUAGCUUGGAGCAGCUGAAACAGACCUCCCAGUGUUAGCACUACAAUGAAUAAAUACUCUCUUACUGAAAUAUGUCCCCCUUUAUUAAUGCUGUGUUAAUUUCUGAUUGCCUGGAAUACUGAAACUUCUUCCAUGCUGGAUUUCUGUCCUGCUAUGUUCUUCAUCUUCAUUUGACUUAAAGCUGGUUCUUGCUCUUUAUCAGAUCAUUUAUCUGUGUUAUUAUGGUGGUUUCCUCUUAUGUGGCAUCUUCUUCAAGCUUCUACCCUUUUAAGGUCUCCACCCAUUCUUGCCUCCCUUACUCCCCAUCACGGGCCCUUCAGCUCUCCUCUUGGACGAUCCAAAAAUGGAAUGACUGCACAAAAUCCCUUUCCUUCCAGGAAGUUACUAAAAUCCACCCUUGUUCUGAUGCCCCUCUUUGGUGUUCAUUACGUGGUGUUCAUGGCCAUUCCUUACACAGCUGUGUCCAGUGUCCUCUGGCAAAUACAGAUGCACUACGAGAUGCUCUUCAAUUCUUUACAGGUGGGUCUUCAUGGCGGGUGAAGCCUUUUGUGUUUGAUCCAUUCAGUCACAGCUAUUUCCAUCUAUGGUUGUCUCUUUUUUUCUAUCGACAGGGUUUCUUUGUGGCUUUCAUUUACUGUUUCUGCAAUGGCGAGGUAAGGAACAUUUCUUCCGAGAUGCACGAAUAUUUAGCUGCGAUCCUCUCUUCACUGGGUGUAUUCUGCACCUAGUGCACGGGGAGGGGUCAACCUCCUUCCCCAUGCCCGGUAUUUCUUCUGCCUGGAGAAUAUGGUUGUGAUUAUUUCGUUUCCAAAAUGGAAAAUAUUUCCCAACACCUAUGCCCUUUGAUAUGGUAUCCUCCUGAUCUUUUAUGUACAGGGGGCAUUGGAGUUACUCAAUGACUAAGAGCACUCUCUGAGUGGUCAGAUACACAGCAUGGGCCUUAAUGGAAUUAGGCACCUCCCCUUUCAUAGAACAGUUCGGGAAUGGGGGUAGCAUCCCACCCAUAUGCUCUUAGCUGGUGCAAAACUGAAACUUUUUCAUACUGGAGAAGAGAGGGAAAGAAAUUGGACUGUAGCAGGGAUGGGCAGUUAAUAAGCCAUUGUUCUGCUUUUACCAGCUGUCGAAGUACAGUGGGUGCUCGGGUUGUGAACGUGAUCCGUGCGGGAUGCACGUUCGCAACCCACAGCGGCACGUCUGUGCACGCGCAGGUUGCAAUUCGGCGCUUCUGCGCAUCCGCCGAAACCCAGAAGUAACCCGUUCCAGUACUUCUGGGUUUCGGUGGUCCGUAACCUGAAAAAACGCAACCUGAAGAGUCUGUAACUCAAGGUAUGACUGUACUGAGAAUGAGCAGGCGGGCGGUGGUCUUUUUCUAAGUUGCAUUCCCUUAACAGUCUGCCUCUACCGCCAGGUGCAAGCAGAAAUUAAAAAAGACCGUUUCCGGAGAAACCUGGUGCUGGACAUAAAGCAGAAGACCCGAGCUGCCAGCGCAGGUGGGAGCUACUCCUACGGCGGGCUUGUGUCCCAUGCCACCAACAGCGUCAGCUUGAGUAUGGCCAGCUGGGGGGUGACUUCUGCAGCAGUCGUUGCCAUGCCUCUUGGUGCCAAAAACUGGCUGAUCCACCUUGCCCCCACUGCUGCUGCCCCAGAGUACACCCCGGCUUCCUCCACCUUGGAUAAUUCUCCAAGUCAGGAGAUGAUGCAGAAGGUCCUUGAGGAGAACAUCGGUGCUACAGCCUUGGAGGGGAAGCACUCCUGCUUGAAAAAAGAGCUGGAGACCAUGCUAUGAAAGGGAACAGAGAAAAUGUAAUUUUCUAGGAUCAAAGUAACUAGGCGAGUGAACUGUCUAAGUUUCAAUCUUGAGCCAGGUACCACUAUAGCGAUUAGGAAGUCUUUAUUCUACUACUUACGUCAGUAUGGAAAAAGGGUUCCAAGUAUUUGCCAUUUCAGAUUGGUUUAAGCUUGGUUCUGGAUGCUGAAGGGUAAUGAGGGAGGUAGUGGUUAGGUGGAUUGAAUUGUUCUGGUUAGUUCGAUCUGCAAAGCACAUGACACGCCUUUUCAGAAAUUCCAAUCGUCCAAAAUAUAUCCAUCUCCCCACCUCACUUUCAGCCUCCUCAGCAGCAAUAAGCAAGCAAAGGAACCAUUCCUAUUCCCAUUUUCUGCUGUGUUGUGUUUCAUCUGUGUUAAAAUAAGGCUUUUGUUAGUUGAUUGCAACCCCAAUUUCAGUAAGUAGGCACUGAGUGUUAAGAGCAAAGGUGUUGUUGUUUUUUUAAGGCUAUUUUGAUGUAGUGCUAACAUGAGAAAUAAAAUAUUAAAGCUGGUGUUUCCUUCU